UUUGUAAUGAAUUUUUUGAGGCUUGAAAAAUGAUAUUUAUACGGUCCCAUUUCUUUGCAAAUUUUUAUUAUUUUCGUAAUAUUAUUUAUUAAUAUUACUCUAUAUUAUAUUGAAAAUGAAUUUUCAUGUAAAAAUCUUAUUAUGGUGCUUAACUCUCUUCAUAUUUAUACAGUAUUCGGAAUGUUUUUAUUGGUUUAAAAUAGAGAGACAUAUGGGAACGAAGACCUUGCCAGUUAUAUUUACUGAUAAGGCGAAUCCGAUUAAAAUACCUGAUAAAUGUGAAUUACAGCAAUUAUACCUUGUUUCUAGACAUGGAACUCGCUAUCCUACUGAUGGGGAUAUAAAUAAAUUCAUCGAAUUAGAAAAAGUUUUUAAGAAUGUUUCAUACGCAAAAGAAUGGUAUGAAAAUCCAUUUCCAUUAUUAAAACAAGGGUUAUUAACUUCAAGAGGUGAAAAAGAACUUUACUUUAUGGGAAAAAGAUCAAAAAAACGUUAUAAUAAAUUUUGGAAUAAGAUAUUACCUUAUGAUCCAAAUAUUAUUAAUUUUCAAAGUUCCGCUGUUUCAAGAACUGGUAUAUCCGGAUUUGCAUAUUCUCUUGGAUUACUUAACGGAGAAGGAACUUUAGGAAUAGAUAACAGUCAAUCAGUUUACAUCUCUUCUAUUCCAGUUAAACAAGAUGAAGAAUUAGCAAUGCAUCAAGCAUGUCCACGAUGGGCAGAAACAGUAGAUAAAAAUAAUACAAUUCUUGAACAACAAAAAACUGAAUUCACUACAAAUUAUAUGACAGAAAUUUCUCAACGUAUAACAAAAUCAUUUAACAUUACACCAGAACUAUUGCCUAAACAUGCAGAUUCCAUUUACAGAGCAUGUGCAUUUGCUAUAGCAUUUUUUGGUAAAACAAAUACUUGGUGUUCAUUAUUUAAUAAAAAUGAAAUAUUGGAAUUAGAAUAUUUUAAUGAUUUAGUAGACUAUUAUUCAUUUUCUUAUGGUAGUAAAUUAAAUGAAGAAUUGGGUUGUUCAUUAAUUAGUAAUAUUAUUAAGAAUAUAGAAGAUUAUUCAAAUGGUAAUUCUACUUUAAAGGCUGAUUUAAAAUUUGCUCAUGCUGAAACUCUUCGAUUCCUUGCAACAACUUUAGGACUAUUUAAAGAUCAAACCCCAUUAACUGUUGAUACACUUCCUGAAAAACUCUUGAAUAGAAAAUUUAAAGAUUCAACUCAAUUAUAUUUUUCAUCAAAUAUGUAUUUUGAAGUUUAUACUUGCGCUGAAAGGAAUGAACGCACUACCACUUAUAUCCGUACAUUACUUAAUGAAGAACCUAUUAUCAUACCGGGAUGUGAUUCGAAAUAUUGUGAAUUGAGUAAAUUUAAGGAAUUAUUGGGUGAUAAAUUAAAUUGUAAUUUCAAAAAAAUUUGUGAAUUGUGAAUUUUAAUAGAAACAAGAUAAGAAAAGAAAAAAUUUUAGUUAAAAGAUGAAUUUAAGAAUCAAUUAAAUUAGAUUUGUACGUAUAAUGAAUAUAUCUGUUCAAUACAUAUGUACAUUAUUAUUAAGAAGUUUCAUUCGG